UACGUAUCAGGCUGUACUAAGGUACUUAGCUUGAUCAAUUACAGAGAAAGCAUCUCAUUCUGUGAGGGAACACAGGGAAGCCACAAUGCAUAGCUUUUCACUUACAGCCUUCUGCAUCCUGAUGGUUUCUUGGCAGGUUGUAGAGCUCUGUCCUAUUCCUGCUGACCAGCAGCCACUAGUUGACGAUCUUCUGAGAUUAAUGGUCAAUUCAAUAGACAAGCAGUUUUCACCAAAUCCAAGUAUCCUGAUUGGCCUUCGUCUGGCACAGAAUCACAGUCUUGCUAAGGAAAAGCAACUCCUACAGGCACUGAAGGAUGAUGCAGUCAAACGAGUGGAAAAUGGACUUGAGUUUACAUCAGGACAGGUUGCCCUUUAUGUCAUGGCAAUAUCAGCUUGCUGUGAAAACCCAGCCAAAGUUUUAAAGGUGAAAAAUAUAGACCUGGUAAAGAUUUUGUCUCAGAAGAUGGAAGAUGAGAUGGAAGAAAUGGAGACUACUGGUUACCCUCUGAGUAAUUUGUACCAGGUUGGCCUAGGAGGUCUAGCACUCUGCCAACAUGUGAUGAUUCCAUAUCCUAUUGUACAUAAACUUCUGAACAAUCCUGCAUUCUAUGAAGCAAUAGCAGAUUCUCAUGGCUUUGAAGACACUGUUGCGGUACUAGCCAUGGCUUUCACCUGCAUAAGAGAGCAGUUCACCUGGGACCAGAAGCGGAGAAUUGACAGUACACUGAAUACUAUGAUUAAACAGCUUGUGAAUCAAACUAAAUCAGAUGGGAUCAUCGGAAAUAUAUACAGCACUGGUCUUGCUGUGCAGGCUUUAACAGGGGCCAAAACAUUCUAUAAAACCAGUGACUGGGACUACACUCAAACCAUUCAGAAACUUCUCAAGGAAAUUCCAAAUGGAGCCUUCAAUAACCCAAUGGCAGCCUCACAGGUCAUCCCUUCACUAGUGGACAGGACUUACUUAGAUGUUAACAAGCUGCAGUGUUCACUGGACACCGAUAACCUGGAUAUGACAGAGCCUACAAGUGUGCCAGCUACCACUGAAAAGCCUGUCAACAUCAGUGUGAAGUACACUGUGACAAAUGCCGUGGCAAACAACUUUACUGAUUCCAUCACUAUAUCAGUACGAAAGGGAUCUGUCCUGCUCAGGGUCAUGGAGGAGGCACAAAGACAAGAUCCAGAAAAGUUCAGAUUUACAGUUGAGAGCACAUCCUGGGGACCAUUUGUGACAUCCAUUCAAGGUGUGACAGGGAGCACCAAUGAUAAGACUUACUGGCAGUUUUUAUCUGGCACAGUACCACUGGAACAAGGUGUUGGUGACUAUGUGGUACAUGAUGGAGAACAUAUCAUAGCCAAGUUCACAACCUACUAGCCUAUGGAAUACAAGGCAGCAACUACUGGCUUUAAAUAUGCAAUGUUGUUGUCACAAAUGAUGAGAGUUCUUCUCAAUACAGCUCUUUCCUUCUUCCAUUACAGUUGCCAAUCACAGGGAAAUAAACUCAGAAACUACGAUUUUUUUAAGAAAAUGAUGAUUUAGUUUCCUCUGUCAAAUUUGCUGGACUUAAUUCUCUAUUAUUUUAAUUUCAUUAUGCAGAGAUUUAUAGCUGUAUGUAAUCCUAAGACAGAACUGUGUCUGUACAUUUUAUUUUAAUUUCUGAUAAAGGAUAAUAAAGUCUAUUUUAUGGAGAA